AUGAGCUAUCAUCCUGGCCAGGAUGGCAUCCCGAAUAUGGGUAUGCGGCAUGAGGGCGGCAGCAUGCUCGACUACGACGUGAGCAUGGACCUCGACUUGGACCUAAGCGGACCCGGCGACCACUCCUUCGGUGCCAUCACACCUCAACACGUGAGCAGCGGCAAUGUUGCCAGUGCUGUUGCUGGCGAUCAGCACCUCGGCGCGAGCAAUGGCGGAGGCGGCAGCACCUUUUCGAGUCAGACCCAGCAGCAGGAUACACAGAUGACGGGCGCUGGCGCUGGGCCACUCCCUUCAAGUUUUGGCAUGGCUGCGCCUAYUAACACGAGCACACUCACCGAAUUCACCAAGCGGCGCAACUGGUCGCAGCGCAUAAUUGAAGAACUCAAGGAUUUCCUCCAYAUUCUAACGCCGGACGGUCGAAUCCUAUAUGUCUCACCUUCCUGCAAGCAUAUAACAGGCCACGACCCGCACACUCUCAUUGGAAAAUUCAUUGGGGAGUACGUGCAUCCCGACGACAGCGGCAUUUUCAUGCGAGAAUUCAACGAAAGCAUCGCAAGCGGAAAUGGGUUGCGCUUCUUCUACCGCUUCAAGAAAGAUGACGGGACGUACAUGAUAUUCGAAUGUGAUGGCCAUCCGCAUAUAUCUCCCGAGCCUCCCAACUCGGCUUCAUACGGUCAAACACCUGCUAGCAAGUCGCAGGCCGCCGGUCUCUGCAGGGGCUUCUUUAUGAUGGCUCGGCCGUACCCAACAAGGAAUGCAGCUUUGCUCGAUUCUUUCUUGGAGCACAAGAUCGAGAAUGAGCGGUUGAUGAAACGAAUAGAAGAACUGAAGCGUGAAGAGGCGGAAGAAAACGCGGAGCAGGACAAGUUGUUUCGCGAACRAGGGACUUCUCAGGGCGUUGCUGCUACUGUCACGGCGUCCGAAUCUCAAAGAGCUUCGCAGGCAACAGGGGACGGAGCAUCUGAAAAUCCAGCCCCAACGCCCAACUACCAGGGCAUGCCUCCACCGGCCAAGCCGACCAUAUCCAACACGGCGCUGACCCGCCAAAAUCUCGACAGCGCAUUAUCAGCGCAAAGACCGGACAGUAUCGCCGACAAAAUGUCUCGGUACGAGGCAAGCAACGGGCAUCUUGAGAGUAUAGAGCUGCUGACUGGUCUGCGAUAUCGAGACGGCGAGCGUAGUCACGGCAUCAGUACAGGGGACACAUCGCCCGCACUUAUCCGCGGCGACGCGGGUAUUGCUAUCCUCCUAGACCGUGAUCGUGAGGGCUCGAAGAAGGAGAAGAAAAAGCUCAAGGUUGCGGACGAGUACGUCUGCGCGGACUGUGGAACACUAGACUCGCCAGAAUGGAGGAAAGGGCCUAAAGGUCCCAAAACCUUAUGCAAUGCGUGCGGUCUACGAUGGGCGAAGAAAGAAAAGAAGCGGUCAGGAGACGACGGGAAGACCGACUCUCCAAGUGGAGGUGGCAGCGGUAUGGCUUCGCAACAGCCAUUGCCGAUGGGUCUGACGUCCAGCGGCAAUCCGCCCGCGUUGCAAAUGCAUAAUAGUAACGAAAGCGGGGGCAGCUUAUAA